CCAAACUCUUCUCAAUUUCCCUCCAUCUCAAUCUCGGCAUCGUUGCCCGCGGCCGAACUUUUGUUGACACGCCCAACACUCAAGUGAAACGAGGGGAUUGCGAGGAGUAUAAAACAAAGCUCGAUUGCAAUCGAGCACUUUCAUUAACUAAUUGCCUUUUUUUUUACUUCACUGAGCCGGGCAGACGGGCAAUCGAGGCCGCAGAAAACGAAAAGAAAACAUGGAUAGCGACACCACCAAGCUCCCCCCGGAGUCGGAAUCGGCGGGGACCAAAGAGUUGCGGUCGGAGAAUGAGAUCGCUACGGCGCCGGCAGAAGAGCUGUCGGACUCGCCACCCAAACAGCCGUUCCGGCCAAGCGUCCGCGUCUGGACCAUCCUGAUUGCCGUGGGCUUCGCGGGCCUGCUCACGGCGCUGGAAGCCACCAUCACAUCCACCGCUUUGCCGUCCAUCGUCAACGACCUCGAGGGCGGCGACGCGUACGUCUGGGCCGUCAACGGCUACCUUUUGGCCAUGACGGCUCUGCAGCCUCUGUACGGCCAGCUGGCCAACGUGUACGGCCGGCGGUGGCCCACCAUCCUCGCGACGGCCGCCUUCCUACUCGGCAGCGGCAUCGCCGGGGGAGCCACCAACAUGGCCAUGCUCGUCGCCGGCCGCGUCAUCCAGGGCAUCGGCGCCGGCGGCAUCAACGUCCUCUGCGAGGUGCUGGUCUGCGACGUCGUCCCCCUGCGCGAGCGCGGCAAGUACCUCGGCGGCAUGUUCGGCAUGAUCGCCCUCGGCACCGCCCUCGGCCCCUUGUUUGGCGGCCUCAUCGUCCAGAACACGACGUGGCGCUGGGUCUUUUACCUCAACCUCCCCGUCGGCGGCGUCGCUCUCGUCCUCCUCGUCCUCUUCCUGCACGUCAACUACCGCAAGGAAGACAGCCUGGCCUCGACGCUGACCAAGAUCGACUGGCUGGGCAACGUCAUCUUCAUCGGCGCCGUCUCGGCCGUCCUCAUCGCCCUGGCUUGGGCCGGCGCCGUCUACCCGUGGGGCUCCUACCGCAUCCUCGUGCCGCUGCUCGUCGGCCUGGCCGGCCUGGCCGGCUUCCUCGCCUUCGAGGGAUCGAGGUUCUGCGCCCAGCCCAUGAUGCCGCUCCACCUCUUCUCCAACCGGACCUCGUCGACCGCCUUCGCCCUGACCUUCCUCCACAGCGUCACCACCCUCUGGGUCCUCUACUUCCUCCCCGUCUACUUCCAGGGCGUCCUGGGCUCCUCGCCCCAGCGCUCCGGAGUGCAGCUCCUCCCGACCGUUCUGGUCCUCAUCCCCUUCGGAGCCUUCGGCGGCGUCCUCAUGACCAAGAUCGGCCGGUACCGGCCCCUGCACCACGUCGGCUUCGCCCUCAUGACGGUCAGCAUGGGCCUGCUCGCCCUGCUCGACGAGGACUCCAACACGGGCAGCUGGGUCGGCUUCCAGAUCAUCGGCUCGGCCGGCGCCGGCAUCAUCAUCCCCACCCUGCUCCCCGCCGUCAUGGCCCCCCUGGCCGAAUCCGACACCGCCCUGGCCACCUCCACCUGGGCCUUCCUCCGCAGCUUCGGCCAGGUCUGGGGCACCGCCAUCGCCGCCGCCGUCUUCAACAACCGGUUCGACGACCUGGCCGGCCGCAUCACCGACGCCGCCGUCAGACAGCAGGUCACCGGCGGGCAGGCCUACCAGCGCGCCACCGCCGCCUUCCUGGACCUCCUUCCCCCCGAGUCCAGGGACCAGUUUGUGUCCGUGCUGAGCGACAGCCUGCGCCGCUCCUGGUUCGUCUCCAUCGCCUUUGCCGGUCUCGGUUUCGCGCUGGUCAUCUUCGAGAAGGAGAUACCUCUGCGAGAAGAGUUGGAUACGGAAUACGGUGUCGCGGAGAAGACGAAGCCCAAAGGAAAUGGUGACGUUGAGAGGUCUGCAGAGCGCACUGCAUAAUCAUGAUCAUAAUAAAAACUGUUUGGGGGGCGUGGGGGGGGGGGUUGGACAAAAACAAUGGGGGUGAGACGGACAUGAGAGGGUUCAAUCAAAGGUUCAUAGUAACUGUAAUUAUAUAAGAGUCAUUGAUUCUACUUAAUCAUGCUGCCUUUUUGCGUCGGAAUACCAGCAAUUUCGCGGAUCAGUUUCCUUGAUUGUUGCUUUGUUAUUAGAUCUUUGGAAGGAAAUAUUGGAAUGGGCACGUCUCGGCGGUCUUUGAUCUUUCCAAGACGCCAGUGAACGUAAUUACAAGUAAUCGAAUAGUCAUUGUGCUAUGUCUCCAGC